CCCAGUGUUUUGGUUUCGCUUUCAAUGCCUUUGUUUUUUUGUUUUUUCACAUAUAGGUCCUCAUAUUCGUAAUAAAACAUAUAUUUUACUCACGCGCUGUCUCUGACGUAAAUGUGAUUCAUCCCAACUGCAUUUCGUCCCUUACCUCUGAAACAGGGAAUAUUAUUUUGAAAGUUCAAUGCGGAAAUAUAUCUUUUUUCCCCUCAUCACUCCAGUAGAGUCUGACUGCAGCGGCGUCAGGGCGCUCCCGUAGAGCAUGAACCCGUCUCCCUCCUCUACGGACGGCAAUUCAAGAUGGAAUCGCCCGAAAACCCGUCCGGUAAGGCUGUCGAUGUCGGGCAGGAUGCUCCGGCGACCGCCGUGGACGUGGACACCGCGGUGCUGCUGCUGGGAGCGGGAGUGACGGCCGUCACGCACCCGCUGCUGUACGUGAAGCUGCUAAUACAGGUGGGACAUGAACCCCUCCCCUCCACUGUGGGCACAACGAUGUUUGGCCGAAGAGUCUUGUACCUGCCCGGCUUUUUCUCCUAUGCGCAGCACAUCGUGAAGGUGGAUGGAAAGCGAGGGCUCUUCCGCGGCCUGUUGCCUCGCGUCGUGUCCAGCGCCAUCUCCACUGUAGUCAGGAGCAAAGUGAAACAGCAGGUGGACAUCCUUUCCAAGAGGGAGGUCCUGCAGACUUCACUCCGGAAAGUGGUCAAAGAGACCUCACAUGAGAUAAUCAUCCAGUGCCUGUCCAGAGUAGCCACUCAUCCUUUUCAUGUGAUGUCAGUGCGCUGUAUGGCCCAGUUUGUCGGCAGAGAGGUCGAGUACGGCGGGAUGUUCAGUUGCAUUGUCAAGAUUUUUAAGGAGGAAGGACUCGCUGGAUUCUACGUCGGUCUCGUACCCAACGUGGCCGGAGAGGUCCUCUUCAUUUGGUGUUGUAACCUCCUGGCUCACUUCAUCGACACCUACGCUGUGGACGAAAGUUUCAGCCAGGCCUCGGCCAUCAGGAGCUACACUAAGUUCGUGAUGGCCAUCGCAGUGAGCGUUGUAACAUAUCCGUUCAUGCUGGUGGCCGAUGUCAUGGCAGUCAACGACUGUGGCUUGGCUGCAGGUCUUCCUCCUCACUCCCCCGUCUUCAAGUCCUGGAUGCACUGCUGGAACCACCUGAGCAACAAAGGUCUCCUCUUCAGAGGAUCCAGCUUCUUUUUCCGCCGGGUGCCUGUGACCUCGCUGGUCUCCAUCGGUGACUGACGUCAUCGUCGUCGUCGUCAUCGCCGUCGUCAUCGUCGUCGUCAUCGCCCGCUGACGUGUUCCUCCUCCCGCGCACAACCAUUUUCCUCCAGACGUAGCAGCAGAGACACCAUAUG